ACCACUCCAACACACCGCCCCUGUCAGAAAGAGUCCUUACCAAACCUACCUACUCACUAGCUUCGGCCGUAGCAGGAACCUAAAGACUAAACUGAUCAACUUCCUCUGCCUAUCGCUCUGCUUCCGCAAUACUCCACCGCGUGGUAGCGCUUUCGUGACGAAAAGAGCAGUAGCUAGGGAAGACGAGAACUGAUCAUCGUCGUCAAGAUGACCGUCGUCGACGUCGCCUCCGCCGGCUCCGGCGCCGAUGCCGCCGUGGUGGGGAACGGGCAGACCGUGUGCGUCACCGGCGCGGCCGGGUACAUCGCGUCGUGGCUGGUCAAGCUGCUGCUCGAGAAGGGGUACACUGUCAAGGGCACCGUCAGGAACCCAGAUGACCCGAAGAACGGGCACCUGAAGGCGCUGGACGGCGCCGCCGAGCGGCUGAUCCUCUGCAAGGCCGACCUCCUCGACUACGACGCCAUCUGCCGCGCCGUGCAGGGCUGCCAGGGCGUCUUCCACACCGCCUCCCCCGUCACCGACGACCCUGAGCAAAUGGUGGAGCCGGCGGUGCGGGGCACGGAGUACGUGAUCAACGCGGCGGCGGAGGCCGGCACGGUGCAACGGGUGGUGUUCACGUCGUCGAUCGGCGCCGUGACCAUGGACCCCAACCGCGGGCCCGACGUGGUCGUCGACGAGUCGUGCUGGAGCGACCUCAAGUUCUGCAAGGAAACCAGGAACUGGUACUGCUACGGCAAGGCGGUGGCGGAGCAGGCGGCGUGGGACGCGGCGCGUCAGCGCGGCGUGGACCUGGUGGUGGUGAACCCGGUGCUGGUGGUCGGCCCGCUGCUGCAGCCGACGGUGAACGCCAGCGUCGCGCACAUCCUCAAGUACCUGGACGGCUCUGCCAGCAAGUUCGCCAACGCCGUGCAGGCCUACGUCGACGUCCGCGACGUCGCCGAGGCCCACCUCCGCGUCUUCGAGAGCCCCACGGCGUCCGGCCGCUACCUCUGCGCCGAGAGCGUCCUCCACCGCGAGGGCGUCGUCCGCAUCCUCGCCAAGCUCUUCCCCGAGUAUCCCGUCCCCAUCAGGUGCUCCGACGAGGUGAACCCGCGGAAGCAGCCAUACAAGAUGUCUAACCAGAAGCUCCGGGACCUCGGGCUCGAGUUCAGGCCGGUGAGCCAGUCGCUGUACGACACGGUGAAGAGCCUCCAGGAGAAGGGCCACCUGCCGGUGCUAGGCGACGGAGAGCAGAUGGAGGCGGAGAAGGAAGCCCCGGCCGCCGAGAUGCAGGGAGGGAUCGCCAUCCGAUCGUGAGGCAGGUUAUACCACGAAGAAACAGGAAACGAUGUUCAUACUGCCUUGUGAACCGAGUAGUGCUUGUUUGUUGUCUGAUGUUCUUACGGUCCCACUCUAAGACCUGUAACGUCGUGUUUGUUCAUGUGGACUAUAGUGAGUGAAUAAAUACGGUUAAUAUUUAUAAAUGAAAAUGCACUGUGGGGAACUCCCCCACACUUUCGCGUGAAAAA